AUGUCCACCGCAUCCAUUCCGACUUACAGGGAUGCCAUAGAUGCGUUGAACAGCCUUCAAACUAAUGCUGCUAUCCUGGAGGCCGUACGGGCUGCAGGAGCGAAGCUCAAUCCCAAUGCUAUACCUGAAAUGAUCGAUUAUCUACGCAGGGUGGGCCUUGAGCCAUCCCAGUUAAACAAUUUGAAUGUCAUACAUAUUACGGGAACCAAAGGGAAGGGCUCUACAAGCGCAUUCACAGAUUCAAUAUUGAGGGCAGCUAGGCCAGGCUGGAAAACUGGUCUGUAUACCUCUCCUCACCUGGUCGCUGUCCGUGAGCGUAUUCGCAUCAACGGCGAGCCACUUUCAGAGGAGGAAUUUACUCGUUACUUUUUCGAGGUGUGGAAUUUGCUCCAGAAUACGAAGGUAUUUGCCGCCACUACUCCCUUCAUGCCAAACUACUUUCGUUACCUUACGCUCAUGGCCUUUUACACUUUCAACCAACUCAAGGUUGAUGCGACAAUUCUUGAAGUAGGCAUUGGUGGACGCUCCGACAGUACAAAUAUCGUCCCCAAGCCGGUUGUCACAGGCGUUACCGCCCUCGGGUAUGAUCACACAAGGCUUCUUGGAGAAAGGCUCAGUCAGAUUGCAAAUCAGAAGGGUGGAAUAUAUAAGGCGCGUUUCUUUGACGGGGUUCCGGCCCUGACUGUUGAACAGCCUGAGGAAGGCAUACUUGAGCUUGGUGUUUGUGCAGCAGAGCAGAGGGCAUCUCAGUUCACAAUUAUUGACACCCUCCCUUCCACCAUCCAGUUAGGCAUGUUUAUCGGCCUUGCCGGUGCUCACCAGAGAUCAAACGCGGGUCUCGCCGUACAAUUGGUGCACACUACUACUCGCGCAACAUGGAGCGGAUCAGAGAUAGAACCAUUGCGAUCCCUCCCUACAUCUUUUCUGGACGGCCUCAAAAAUGCUCACUGGCCUGGCCGUUGCCAGACAGUACUCGAUCCAAAGUUUGAGGAUACGACAUGGUUCCUCGAUGGGGCACACACACAAGAGAGCCUUGCGUGCUGUCUGGAAUGGUUUGUAAGCCCAGCAGUCGGGCUUCCAGUUUUCCCCGUUUCUGACGGGCACCCACCCCGAGUGCUUAUCUUCAAUUGCACCAGUGGACGUUCAGGAGAUGAUUUCCUGACAGCCAUCUUGCAGAAGAUAGAGGAGCGACUGGCGAUGCAUGGCAGCCUGGAGAAGAAGGAAGAAUUUUUCGCCAAGGUCAUUUUCUGUAGUAAUGUGACCUAUGCCAGCGGCAAUUUCAAGGCGGUAAACCUUACAUCCGCGGCAAUGUCUACAACUGACAAUCUCAAUCUUAAGACUCAGAGAGAGAUUGAAGCAGCCUGGAACAAGCUUGUCCCAACUUACUCUGGCAUGGUGCACGUUCUGCCGUCCAUUGAGGACGCCGUGGAAGAAGUGCGUAAAAUGCUCAAUGUUAGCGUGCUCGUUACGGGCAGCUUGCACCUUGUAGGCGGCGUCAUCGAGGUCGCCGGUUUGGCAGACAGAGCCUUGAGCCCAAAAGCAUGA